CUCAUGUUUCUUGCGGGAAAACUCCACAUGUUUACAUCCAUCUUUAUACAUCUUUUUCUCUCCUCCUCUUUUCUCUGAUCGGAACGAGCUUUUCUACACCUCGUCCUUGUGCACGUGGGGUUUGACUUAAAGAUCGCCUCUCCUCUCCUCUCUCCUUGAUGGACCGAGAGGAGGAGGCCUCUGGCUCCUCCGCUGUCUUCGGGGAGGUGUGUAACUCCAUCCGCGAGCGCAGUAUCGCGGAGAACAGCUUGGUGGUGCUGUUGCAGGGCGUGCAGGGUCAGGUGACCACGGUGGAGCUGAGGGACGAGAGCAGUGCGCGCGGCAGAGUGGUGAACGUGGACGCCUUCAUGAACAUCAGACUGUGUGAUGUGCAGUUCAGAGACAGGAGGGGAAGGGAAACUCGGCUACAGGACCUGUUCAUCACCGGGAGGAACGUCAGGUACGUGCACAUCCCAGACCACAUGGACAUCCUCCAAACCAUCCAGGACCAGAUCAGACGGAUCCACCGAGUCCGGAACUUUGGGAAGGACGGAGGAGGGCGCAAGGAAUUCACCAAGAGCAAGAGAUAAGAGUGAGAAAGAAAGAAAAGAAGGACAGGUUUAAGUUCUGUGGACAAUCUCUGGACAAUGAAAAGGACUCUUGUAACGUGGGUCAUUUUAUGUUGUAGUUUGACAUUCAGUUAAUCAAAACUAUAGUUUUUUUUACAUCUUUUUUUUUCUUUUUAAUUUGUAUCAUUUGCAGAUUUAGUCAGAUUAUUUGAGUUUAGAAACACAUUUACCCAUUUAAAGUAUAGUUUAAGCAGAGCUGGAGACAGGUCAGAGUUCUCAGGUGGAGUUUGCUGUGUGACUGUCAGAUGCAGAUUUCUUGACCUGGUUUAUGGCUCAUAUCUCUUUGAUCACUGGGCCUAUCCACAUGAAACCAAACAGGCACAAAGUUCAGUGUCUCUGUCAGGAGAAAUAAACUAAAGUCAAAUGAUUUUUUUCACAA